AUGAGUACUCCAGAGAUGAAAGACUUGGGAUCCCAAGGGACAGAGAAGUUUCAGCCUAGCCCUGAAGAUCCUGUUCUGUCAAGUUCUGACGACUUGGUGGAUUAUCAGGGUCUCGAUAACGGUGCUGAAAGAGAGAUUAGGAAUCUAGCGAGGACCUUUACCCAAAGAAGCUCUCUAAAUUCCAAAGAUGGCUUACUGAGAACACAAACAACCUUUUCUGAAGUCGAUGGUAAAAUUCCUUUCUUCCAGGAAGGCACAGCUUUAGAUCCCAACUCAGAUCAAUUUGAUGCAAAGUUGUGGGUAAAGAACAUAAAGAAGUGGCAUGAACUGGAUGCAGACUACUUUCGUCCCACCUCAUUGAGUAUGGCAUUUAGGAAUUUAAGGGCUAGAGGUCUUUCUUCAGAUGCAGAUUAUCAACCAACGGUUUUUAAUGGUUGGUUGAAAUAUAUGGAACAAUUUGUUCGACUCUUUAGAAAAGAAGACACUUCACGUUAUUUUGAUAUAUUGAAACCAAUGGAUGGAUUGCUAAGAUCUGGUGAGCUUACUGUAGUAUUAGGGAGACCAGGUUCAGGAUGCUCUACUUUCUUAAAAACAAUUGCUGCAAAUACGUAUGGUUUCAAAAUCUCAAAAGAGUCUGAAAUUACCUAUGAUGGUAUAAGUAUGGCAGAAAUUCUGAAAAACUAUAGAGGUAAUGUUAUUUAUUCAGCAGAAAUGGACGACCAUUUCCCUCAUUUGACCGUUGGUCAAACACUAGAAUUUGCAGCUUCAUUGAGGACGCCAAAAAAUAGGGGAGAUGUUGGAAGGGAUGUGUACGCUAAACACAUGUCAGAAGUGUAUAUGGCUACUUAUGGCUUAUUGCAAACUCGAAAUACUAAUGUCGGUAAUGAUUUUGUUAGAGGUGUUUCUGGUGGUGAACGUAAAAGAGUUUCCAUAGCAGAAGUUUCCUUAUCUGGCUCUAAUGUGCAAUGUUGGGAUAAUGCAACUAGGGGAUUAGAUGCUGCAACAGCGCUUGAGUUUGUUAAAGCUUUAAAAACUUCAGCUCGGGUAUUGGAAGCAACACCUUUGAUUGCUAUUUAUCAAUGCUCCACUGACGCCUAUAAUCUUUUUGACAAUGCUAUCGUGAUGUAUGAAGGCUACGAAAUAUAUUUUGGAAAGGCAGAUAAAGCUAAAGAGUAUUUUGAGAAAAUGGGAUGGGAGUGUCCUCAAAGACAGACAACUGCUGACUUUUUGACAUCUUUGACCAGUCCAGCGGAGAGAAUCGCACGUAAGGGCUUUGAAGAUAAGGUACCGAAGAGCGCAGAGGGAUUUUAUAAUUAUUGGAGACAAUCUCCUGAAUACGAAAAAUUGAGAUCCGAUAUUGACAGCUAUUUCGAAGAAGUCAAAAGCUCAAAAAAGAGAGAAGAAUAUGACUUAGCGCAGAGAAGCAGAAAAUCUAACCAUGUGCCUUCUUCUUCCGCAUACACAGUUUCGUUUUUUAUGCAAGUGAAGUAUUUGAUGAUGAGAAACAUCUGGAAAAUUCAAAGAAGUCCUUUUUAUACAAUUCAGUCUAUCAUGAGUGAACUUUUUAUGGGCUUAGUUCUAGGCUCGGCAUUGUAUAAUAGGCAAAAUGUUACAAGCACUUUCUAUUCAAGAGGCGCUGCGUUGUUUUUCAGUCUUUUGUUCAACGCCUUUUUAUCUUUGUUAGAAAUUCUUUCAAUUUUUGAGUCUAAACAAAUUGUGGAAAAGCAUAGAAAUUAUGCAUUGUAUAGACCUUCUGCAGACGCUUUGGCAUCAAUUUUGACUGAGCUUCCCAACAAGAUCAUCCUGUCGACUGCUUUUAAUUUUCCUGUUUAUUUUCUUGUGAAUUUACGUCGUAAUCCAGGACGAUUUUUCUUCUAUUGGUUGAUGGUUUUUGUUGCUACUAUAACUAUGUCUCACAUCUUUCGAUGCCUAGGGGCUAUAUUCUCGUCUUUUGCAGGAGCAAUGACAAUGGCUACAUCCUUACUAUUGGCCUUGGUUAUAUUUACUGGCUUCGUGAUACCUAUCCCCAGUAUGUUGGGAUGGUGCAGAUGGAUCAACUAUCUAAAUCCUUUAGGUUAUGUGUUUGAAUCUGUCAUGGAGAACGAGUUUGCACAUAGAGAAUUAGAAUGCGAUCAGGUAAUUCCUUCUGGUGGUUCAUACGAUAAUGUCGGAGCAUAUAAUAGAGGAUGUAGUGCUGUUGGUUCCACAGCGGGUCAGCUGGAAGUCCAAGGUUCUAGAUAUCUUAACUUAGCAUUUCUGUUCAGCAAUAAUCAUAAAUGGAGAAACUUUGGAAUAUCUAUGGGUUUUCUUGUGUUCUUUUUAUUAGUGUAUCUCUUUUUGACUGAGAUGAUAAGAACCGGGAAGCAAAAAGGAGAGGUUGCACUCUACCUAAAAGGAACUUUGAGAAGAUAUAAAAAGCUUUCAAAAAAAGCGAAUGCGAAGACGAAUGAUUUAGAAUCUGGUAAGAAGGAAAAUUUUCAACUUGGGGACCAAAUAGAAGCCUCUGAAGAGCUGAGUAAUGAAAAAAGUGCUGAUAGUAAAAUUCCCCCUAAUCAUAACAUAUUUCACUGGAGGCGUCUAAAGUACGAUGUUAAGAUAAAAUCUGAAACUAGAACUUUGUUGUCCUAUGUUGAUGGUUGGGUAAAACCCGGUCAGCUUACUGCAUUGAUGGGCUCAUCAGGAGCUGGAAAGACUACCCUUUUAAAUUGCUUGUGUGACAGACUCACUUCAGGUGUGAUUUCAGAUGGUGUUAGGAUGGUUAAUGGACGACCUUUAGAUUCCUCUUUCCAAAGAUCAAUAGGUUAUUGUCAGCAGCAAGACCUUCACUUAGCAAGCUCUACUGUGAGAGAAUCUUUAAGGUUUUCUGCAUACUUAAGGCAGCCUAAUCAUGUAUCUAAGAAAGAAAAAGAUGAAUACGUUGAAUAUGUCAUCGACUUAUUGGAGAUGAGAACUUACGCUGAUGCUUUGGUCGGAGUAACUGGUGAAGGACUUAAUGUAGAGCAACGGAAAAGGUUAACUAUUGGGGUUGAGUUGGCUGCUAAACCUAAAUUACUUAUAUUUUUAGAUGAGCCAACUUCUGGUUUGGAUUCGCAGACAGCAUGGUCCGUUUGUACGUUAAUAAGGAAAUUAGCUGACCAUGGGCAAGCUAUUUUGUGUACCAUUCAUCAACCAUCCGCUAUUUUAUUGCAAGAAUUUGAUCGCUUGUUGUUUUUGCAAAAGGGGGGUCAAACAGUUUAUUUUGGAGAUUUGGGUAAGAAUUGCCGUACUUUGAUUAAUUAUUUUGAGAAGUACGGAAGUGCUCCUUGUCCUCCUGAAGCUAACCCAGCGGAAUGGAUGCUUGAUGUUGUUGGUGCUGCUCCAGGAAGUAAAGUGACUCAGGACUAUCAUGAAGUAUGGAAAAAGUCCACAGAGUUUCAAGAGGUGCAAAAGGAAUUAGACUACAUGGAACGUGAACUAGUCAAACUCCCUGAAGACAAGGCUCCAGAUGCCCAUAAAUCUUAUGCACUGCCUUUUUGGAAACAGUACCUCAUUGUCAGCCAAAGAGCCCUUGAGCAGAAUUGGAGAUCUCCUGACUACAUAUAUGGUAAAGUUUUUCUUAUUGUUACAGCUUCAAUUUUCAAUGGUUUUUCGUUUUUCAAAUCAAGACGAACACCUCAAGGUUUGCAAAAUCAAAUGUUCUCAUUCUUUAUGAUGCUUAUUCCGUUUAAUACUAUGGUGAAUCAAAUGAUGCCUCGUUUUAUGGGCCAAAGAGAUGUUUAUGAAGUGCGAGAGGCUCCAUCAAAGACUUUUAGUUGGCUCGCUUUUAUAACAGCUCAGAUUACUUCCGAAAUCCCAUAUCAGGUUGUACUUGGAACUGUGAGUUUCUUCUGUUGGUAUUAUCCCGUUGGUUUAUAUGAAAAUGCCGAAGCUACAGAUCAAGUCAAUGGCCGUGGAGCUACUGUUUGGCUGUUUAUAAUGGCAUUUUAUGUAUACAUUUCCACCAUGGGGCAUUUAUGUGGAUCCUUUAGUGAGUUGCCUGAAAAUGCAGGGAAUUUAGCUGUCACUCUUUUCACCUUCUGCUUAUUAUUUUGUGGAGUGAUUGCAACUCCAGAAGUAUUUCCAAGGUUUUGGAUAUUCAUGUACAGAUGUUCACCAUUUACUUACUUAAUUCAAGGAGUUUUGGCCACCAGUUUAUCGAACACCAAGCUAAGUUGCACGGAUGCAAAUUUUGUAAGGUUUAAUCCCCCAUCUGGAGACACAUGUGGUCAGUACAUGGAAAGUUAUAUGAAAAUCGCAGGAGGAUAUUUGCUUAACAAUGAUACGACUUCUGAGUGUGCUUUCUGUCCUAUGACAGAAACAAAUGAUUAUUUGGCUACGAUCAAUGUUUUUUGGAGUCAGAGAUGGAGAAAUUGGGGUAUUUUUGUCAGUUUUAUUGGUAUAAAUAUCCUUUUGACGAUAGCUCUCUUCUGGUUCGCUAGGGUCCCAAAAGGUAAUAGGAUGAAGUCAAAAAAGUCUUCCUGA